CGGAAUCGGUUGGCAUUAUUCGGGCGUUGCGAUUCUGGGUUCCGCAGACUAAAGUCUCCAGCGCCUAGUCGUUGGGUAUACGGCGCGAUGUACAGAGCCGCGACACGCGACACGCAACCAGCAGCAGCAGCAGCAGCAGCAGUAGCAGCAGCAGCAGCAAAAGUUGUGGCAGCAGCAACGGCAACAGCAACACUUGCAACAGCAGCAGCAACAGCAGCAGCCGGAAGACCAAACGACCAUUGAGCCGCCCUUUUAAGCCGUGUUAGUAGACCGUGGUCGUCGCAGUACAAAACCGUCGCCAAUAUAAUAAAAUUGAGAAAUUGAAGGAAUGAGAAAUUACCGCUAAAAACGUCGCAGCCUCCUCCUACGAAUACUUCUAUUCCUUUUUUUUUUUGGUACAUUUUUUUCCAGUGCUCGCGACGCGAACCAAUUCGAAACCUAACAAAAUCUGAAAAUAAUACAAACCCUUUCUAACUUCAACAUCAGCGAAAAAGUCCUUCGGCCAAGCAACUUGCCUACUUUGAGGCGGCAGGAGCGACACGAAUCACACCCCUAAUACCCCGCCAAAUGAGCUGGAAAUGUCCAAGUGGCCGGCGGCGAUGGUGGAUGGGCCAUCAAGGAAGCAGCAACAGCAGCGGCGGCAAAUAAGCCAAAUUAGCGAGAUCCCGGCCAGAAGCGGGCACAUCUCAAUCUCAUCCGAGGAACAAUGCCCUGAAAGAAAGCCAUUCAAAUCGCCCAAGUAAUCGGCAAAUUAUCGAGUAUUCGCAUCGCAUCGCAUCGUUUCGUUACGUUACGUUUCUUUCGGUUUCGGUUUGGGUUUCGUUUUCGGUUUCGGUUUCGUGUCCGCGAGUGCUACCACUUCCGUUUCCGCCUGCGUGUCGGUGUGUGUGUCUAUAUCCCCAUCUAAUCUGUAUCUGAAUCUGUAUCUGUAUCUGUGUGUGAGCAGUUGGCCAGAUACGUAUAUCAAUCUUGAUUUGUUUUUUGUUUUUUUUUUUUCAACCCCACAUCCCCACUUGCAAAGAUCGUUAAAGAGUUGGGAAACUAAACUAAAUAGAAGCGCAGAGCAUCCGAAUCAAGUCGGAUAAAUGAGUACUGAGUGUUGCGGUCGAGGGUUCCAUGGUUCUGGCCACCAGCAUCGCUGGCCAACACUGUGCAUCGUGAGUGGGACUCGAAUCGCAGCCGUUAUCACUCUUCUCGCCCUCUGUCCUUCGCUAUCUGCAUUAUCAAGGCCAACUACGGAUAUUAAUAGUUCUAAUUGCAAAUAAUUAUCAAUAGCAAUCUACGAUUCAAGUAAUAACACAAUACAUAUUCAAAACAUAACUACCAGCUCAGCCAGCACACGGGAAGGCAAUAAGCUGCCCGUGCACGUAAUUCUUCAUAUCGUCGUUUAAUCGCCUUCCUGCCCUUUGCACUAUAUAUCAGCAACAACUACAACUAAAAAUUCAAACAAAAAGCAAUCGUAAAAAGCAAAUAAUAAAAGUAAAUGUCGUAAUUGGAACAAAUGUUGUACAUACCUGCGGAUAAAUUGUAAAUACAUUUAGCGAUACUGCGAAAUACCCGAAAUAUGUCGAUACAAGCUAUAGCGAUUAGGCUUUUUCAAAAUCCAUUUCAUGCUCACUUUAACAUAAAGCCAUGUUUUGGCUUCCAGAAUUGAUUAAAUAACUUAACUAGCUUCCAUUAAAGUAAAGAGUUUCGGGUAUUUAAUAGUCGAUAUACUCGACUAUCAAUAAUCCUAAAUUAUAUCAAUAAUCGGACAUUUUCAUUCGUUAGAACCUUUGGCCAGCAAAAUUUAGCUAGAAGACAAAAUAUACAAGAAGAGGAAUUUUUGCAUACUAAAUUUAAUGAACCUGUACGGAAAUUGCAAAAAAGCAAGAAAGGACACACAAAGCAGAGACCCAACAAUAAUUAGCAUUAAAAAUUGGUUAACAAGCAGAAGACCCAGAAAAAUCGAAGUAAAAGGAUUAGUUGUACGCCCAUUGUGAUUAUUAAUUUUAGACAUAGGCCAAGAAACCAACAGCAAUUCGAAGGGAAUCGUUGCACUCAAAAAUAACAGCAGCACAACACGACCAAAAAGCAAAGCAAAAGCACGAGAGCGAGAGCGAAGCAAAGCAAAAGCACGAAGCAACAUUAGCCGCCCAAAGAAACUUGAAAGCAUUAGCCGAAAACUCUUAGUUCAAUUCCAUCCAACAACCAAAUCCAAACUCUCGGCUAUGACAAAUGUGAGGCGUUCAAACUAAAAACAAAAAACAUAAAAAUAAAAACCUAUUGAUGCGGCUGCCAAACCCAGCAACAACUCAGUUUCAACUCUUGCCCUGAAGCAUCUGUCCUCUAUAUAUAUAUUGGUUAAGUAUAUAUACAUCUGAUCUGAAGUUCCAAGUCGCGAGUGCGUUUCCGUUUCCGUAUCCGCAUCCACUUACGUUUCGGUUUCGUUGGAAAGCUAGUGCGGCUACUGCUGCCACUGCCACAGUUUCUUCGAUCGGAACCGGAUUCGGGAAACAGCCGCCAAGAUGACCAUGUGGCAGAGUGGCGGCAUGGGAGGCCAUGGCUCCCAGAACAAUCCAUGGAUGAAGCUGAUGGGCAUCGUUCACAAGGAGCGGCGCCACACGGAGAACGUCCAGAGUCAGUCUGGUUCCAACGAGCGCAACCUGAACCAGUCUUUGCCCAAAUUGAGCAGUCAAGACGAAGAAGGGGGGGCUGGUCAUGGCUUUGGUGGCGGACCGCAACACUUUGAACCCAUUCCUCACGAUCAUGAUUUCUGCGAAAGAGUCGUUAUAAAUGUAAGCGGAUUAAGGUUUGAGACACAACUACGUACGUUAAAUCAAUUCCCGGACACGCUGCUUGGGGAUCCAGCUCGGAGAUUACGGUACUUUGACCCGCUUAGAAAUGAAUAUUUUUUUGACCGUAGUCGACCGAGCUUCGAUGCGAUUUUAUACUAUUAUCAGAGUGGUGGCCGACUACGGAGACCGGUCAAUGUCCCUUUAGACGUAUUUAGUGAAGAAAUAAAAUUUUAUGAAUUAGGUGAUCAAGCAAUUAAUAAAUUCAGAGAGGAUGAAGGCUUUAUUAAAGAGGAAGAAAGACCAUUACCGGAUAAUGAGAAGCAGAGAAAAGUCUGGCUGCUCUUCGAGUAUCCAGAAAGUUCGCAAGCCGCCAGAGUUGUAGCCAUAAUUAGUGUAUUUGUUAUAUUGCUAUCAAUUGUUAUAUUUUGUCUAGAAACAUUACCCGAAUUUAAGCAUUACAAGGUGUUCAAUACAACAACAAAUGGCACAAAAAUCGAGGAAGACGAGGUGCCUGACAUCACAGAUCCUUUCUUCCUUAUAGAAACGUUAUGUAUUAUUUGGUUUACAUUUGAACUAACUGUCAGGUUCCUCGCAUGUCCGAACAAAUUAAAUUUCUGCAGGGAUGUCAUGAAUGUUAUCGACAUAAUCGCCAUCAUUCCGUACUUUAUAACACUAGCGACUGUCGUUGCCGAAGAGGAGGAUACGUUAAAUCUUCCAAAAGCGCCAGUCAGUCCACAGGUAUGAGAUUUCUGUUUGCCCAAUGCCAACUACACCAAAAAUAUCGAUAUUAAUCACCCACACACGACCACACAAACUCACAUGCAUAUACAGUUGAACCGAUUAAAGUAAUAAAUGUUGCCAUCAUCAUUUAUGAGUUGCCUGACAUGAUAACGAAGGGGUUGCCUGCCCGCCCCGAAAUACAAAAAAAAAACCAACACACAACUUUCAGUCAAAACUUUUCAUUUUUUGCAAUCAACCAACUUAUCCCAAACUACCAGUUUAUCGAUAAGAAAUGUUCAUUGUUGUAUAUUACCGAUACUUACACAAAUCCAACAUCCGCUUACUCACCUCUAAAUACCAACAUACGAUCGAUCUAUGUAAAUGAAAAUCCAUCAUAUAUAUAUAAACGAUAGACACCAGUACAUACAAACACACAUAUAUAUAUGCAUACCACCUAUUAUAUAUAUAUAUAUUUCGAUAAAAUUUUUAGGACAAGUCAUCGAAUCAGGCUAUGUCCUUGGCAAUAUUACGAGUGAUACGAUUAGUUCGAGUAUUUCGAAUAUUUAAGUUAUCUAGGCAUUCGAAGGGUUUACAAAUAUUAGG